UUUACUCCUACACUGCUCUGUCACUCACUCAUACCAGCUCUCCAUCUCCAUCAUCCAAGAUCCUCAGUGUGUCUGCGUUUUGCCAGGUGGACGCACUCCCCACAGUCACCAUUUCCACCCCGGAGAGUUCCACGGUGGCUGCGCAGCCCCUUCCCCGGCUGAGCAUCGGGCGUAAGACCCUGGUGGCAGCUGCCGUGGGGGUCAUGCUGGUCCUGGUUCUGGUAGUUCUCAUACCUGUGCUUGUCAGCUCUGUUGGCACGGGUGGAGCGGAUGACAGCGCAAGCCACUUUGAGAUGCUGGGUACCUGCCGCAUGGUUUGUGACCCCUUCUCCAGCACGGGUACAGCGGGCACAGGACUAGAUACAGCAACCACAGGCCUACAGGUGGACAACGACGCAGAUUUGAGCGACCACAGCAUAGGCCCACCCCUGCCUACUUACAGUGCUCACGGCCCCCAAGGAAAACCAGGACGGCCGGGCAAGCCUGGACCCCCAGGACCACCUGGAGAGCCAGGCCCACCAGGACCUAAAGGCCCCCCAGGAGAUGGUGUCGACAUUGUGCGGACAGGGAUUCUAGGUUUAGGGGGAAAAGGGUCAGUCAGCACAACCACCUACAACACCUCCCCUCGGGUGGCUUUUUAUGCUGGACUUCGAAACCCUCAAGAAGGUUACGAUAUUCUACGAUUUGAUGACGUGGUGACUAACAUUGGUGGGAACUAUGAAGGGGCAACAGGCAAGUUCACCUGUAAGAUUCCUGGAACGUACUUUUUCAUCUACAAUGUGCUGAUGAGGGGAGGAGAUGGAACCAGCAUGUGGGCUGACUUGAUCAAGAAUGGUCUGGUCAGGGCCAGCGCCAUUGCCCAAGACCAGGACCAGAGUUAUGACUACGCCAGCAACAGUGCCAUCCUUCAUUUGGAUGCAGGCGAUGAGGUUUUCAUAAAAAUGUUUGAGGUCAGCAUUGAUACUGUGACUAAUGCUGUGGACCUGUGGUUAGCGGUAACGAUCCACCUCAUCCAUAUGUUCCAUUGUAAACAGGGUGCCUAUGCCGCCAGGGUGAUGGAUGUGAGCAACAAAACAGUGACAGUCAUCUUCGUGUGUCAUGCUGUGGUGCAGUAGCAGUCCUGACAGUGCAGAAGCCUCGCCAUCAUUUUUAAGCUGUCAUGUCAAUUUCAAGUGUGGAAAUCUUACAGCUGUGGCGACUGCAAUGUAUGUAAAAGUAAAUGUUAAAAAAAUGUAUCUUAUGCUGUUUGUAUGAUAUGUACAAAAGCCAUAAUGGAUAUGCGUCUCUGUUUUUUGGUGAUAACUUUCUGGUCGUUUUCUCGAUUUCUGAACUUAUUUGUCUCAGGUCCCCCAGAGAUAAAAAAAGCAAAAAACAACUAUAGAAAUAGGCCUUUACUUUCUUACCUCAUUAGUUUGGGCAAUGGCAGAAUGACUUGUUGUGGUUUGGCCUAUCAAAGUGGCCACCAGUCUACAGGAAAAUGAUGAGCCAUGUCUUGCUAUCUGAGAUAAUGGGAAAACAAGUCGAGAUCCCUAUAGAACAAACAAAACAAACUCGGCUCAGGAAAAUCAGCAUUGUUAGCUCUAGCUGAGGGGAUGAACGAGUGAAGAUCUUUAGAAAAACAACAAGAAAUGACUCGUUAUCACAAAAAAUGGAGGAAAUGAAAUGUAUGAAUGCAUGUCUGCUUUUGGCUUCAAAAUGUAUAUUUCAACCUAAAAAUUGGGAAUUUGUCAAAUAUUGGACACCAAAUUGAGAUGAUGCUUUUUUUUUUUUUUUUUUUUGGAUGGCAGCUGUCCUAAAGUGUAUUGUGUCUCUAUGUGAAGAUUUGGAAUAUCAUGUCAUUUUAACAUUUGACUUGUGUAUAUACUGUAAGUUUGGUAUUGGAUUUGUGUCUCAUCACAGUCAAAGUAUUGUACAAACACAAUAUUGUGUGUCUUUUAGAUAACAUAUGUGUUGGUAGUUAGUUGGUCAAUUGUGUUAUGGCUAAUGUGCUCAUUUGUAAAGACUUAUUUAUUAAAGUAAUGCAUGUAACACUUGUUAAAAUGUUCCGUGUGUUUCCACCAAUGUUGAAGAGAAAUACAGUGAUUUUAAACAAAGUGUAAUCAUGGGCUUAAAGAGAAUCUAUUGGUGUUUCUUUUACUUUUA